AUGGAGUUCGCUAGUCUAACACGACCGGCGAUUCUAUGUCAAUGUUCAAGGUGCUCCAGUUCGUUAGCGGUUCUGGAGAAUGAAUGGGCAAAAUUAUCAAAUGCCUAUUCUCUUGCGACAGCAUGGUUGAGUGUCAACUUCAACCGUAUCUCCGUCUCUUCGGAGAGCAAGCAGAUCCCUCCGACUCCAGAUAUGCAUCUUUUACGGGGACGAACGACUCAGGAGGUCACUUGCAAACUAUGUCAACAGAAGUUAGGUGCACUUUGCACCCUGGACAACGGACCGAACAUUUUUUGGAAGAUGUCCAGAGUCGCAUUUAGAGAAGUCGUGACGAUGCGAACCGCGGAACCUGUUUUCAAAGAAGGCGCCCUUGAACGAUACCUCUGCCCCGCUCCGAAAGAAAUCCCUGGUCGAGAUCGCACCUCCAUUCAUGAUGGCGCGUUGGUACCUAAGAGCGGGUCCGAUCCUGCCUCAUUCGAUUCGACCAUGCAACAACACAUGCAACAUCAGGGUCGAAGUAUUGAUCAGAUCUCGAAUUCGGUGAACCAUUUACAAGACACAAUGACCGACCUCAAACACUCUUUUACUGCCAUGCGUAUCGAGCUCAACGGACCUAGCCAUCACCUAGGCGAAAAUGGAAACCUCAACAGCCAUGGAUUCGACAUGAUUGCGACCGUAUUGAAGGAACUCAAGUCAAAAUCGGACGAAAUCGAGAAAUUGAAACUAGAGAUCGAGGCUUUGAAGUUGAAAAAUAGAUUUAUGGAGGAGCGCAAGCCAAGCAAUAGUGAUUAUCUGUCCACAAUGAACGGAUCGCUCCCUGAGGUGAAGAGUCCUGGUUUGCUCCAGGCUGGAAGAAAACGUGCAUGGCCUGACGCGUUUUCCAACGAUGGAGCACGCACGGUCGCUGACUCGUUUGGCGAAGAAGACUCGAUUGAAGAUUUGACCUUGACCAACAACCCACCAACUUACUUGGUUAGCCUUCCAAUCAGUGAAUCACAUGCGAUCACCAACGGGCAAAAUCAACCACAGACCACACCCGACUCUUCAAACUUUCUUACCGACAAUAAUGAGCAGCGCCUAAAACCAGAUGAUACCAAUCAUGCAAAUGGGUUUUCACAAACAAGUCCGUCUAAGCGCUUGCGGCUCACAGAGACAGCAGCGGAAGAAACGCCUCAAGAAUUACCUCGGGAGAAAAAGCGACAGGCGCGAUCACGGCAGUCCGACACCCAAUCCGCAAAACCCAACCUUUCUCAGACACCAAAAAAUCCUCCGGCGGGCUCGGGGGAAGGUGUAGAAUCUAACCCUCCCGUUCAAGUUCCCUUAUCCAACCACACUACCAAUUCUCAACCAGCUCGCCGCGGUCGCCCUCGACGAAGUACUCGUUCACAUUCAACAGGGCCAACAGAAGCCAAGAAAUCCCAAACAGCGAAGACCGAUUCUUCUACUCAAGACUCUACCAAGAACCAGUCAAAUGGAGACCGGAGAUCAUCUAAGAAAGAUACCACGAAGGGGAACAAUGCGGAUGAUAGUGCUUCUGAAAAUCCAACGAUGAGCGCGGAGGAAAAGCGCAAGGCUAAAGUCGCGGCGCGGGACGUCAUGACUCGAGUGGCUAUGCAGCGCGAAGAAGCUAUGGAAACUGAUGAGAUUCGAUGA